AUGGAAGCACCUUUGUGCACAGUGACUGCUUUUGGUGGGUGGAGCCUGGACCAGUUGAAGGACGCAGUCGAAGCCAAUAGCAGCUGGUCGGUGCACAAGCAGCGGCUGUUCGACGGGACGCGAGAGCUGUGUGAAGUGCUACUCCAGGCGGAAGGGCGCAGUGACAAGCUGUCGGACCUGCUUGAUCAUCCAUGUGACGGUGACGUCAUCAACAUCACGGCAGUGAGCCGGAGCUCUGCGCAGAUGAAGUUUCUGGAGGAGCUGAGCGAAACGCUCGCCGAUGGCGACGUCUCUGACUUGGUCAGGGAGGCUCCAGCUGAGGUGCGAGGUGACAGAUAUUGCAUGCUGGCGGUUGUCGCCUGGAACUACAACUAUCCUGACCUGGAGUUUGCGACAGAAGAGCUUCGUGCAGACAAAGAGUUCAUCCUCCAGUGCGUGACUAUCUACGCCAGGUGCUUGUGGUGCAUCGGGCAGCACUUGGUCGGGGACAGGUCCUUCAUGGAGGAAGCGAUCCGCCGAUCGCCCCAUGCCCUCGACUAUGCCAGUGAUGACCUCAAAAAUGAUGAGGCUUUGGUGAGAUUAGCUAUCAGUAGUUCACCUUCUGCUCUCUCUGGUGCCGCAGAUCG